UUUGACAUUCUCUUCAGACAGAUAUGACAUUUCACAGUCAAAAAACCAAAAGUGAAAUUAUACAAUAAUUUAGCAAUUUUUAGUUAUAUAAUUUACAUAAGACAAGAAUCUAGAAUGAAGUUACCUUUGAUUUAAUUAACUAUUUAUUAGCAAAUUUUAUUUUCACUGAAUCUGAUGCAAACAAACGAACAUUUCAAGUGUUAUAUUUCUUAAAAACAGUUUAUCGUACAACAUUUGAUAGCAUUUUAUCAGUAACCUUGUGGGAGGUCAUUUACAUUAAAAUAAAUAGUAAUUACAAAAUAAAAUUAUCAGUUGUACUUGCAUUUUCGUUAUCAUAGUUAAGCAAAUAUCGAAUAUGAGAUUUAUUUACGUCUCUCAGUGCGGAUGAAUCGAUCGCGUAGAGAGGCCGCACCUCAUUUUACUCCUCGUCAUCUCCAAUCGUCAAUGUUUGCAUGUACAUAAAAAAUAAGAUUAUUUCGAGUCACACGUGGUAUUUUUUUUUAUAAAUUAUCAGUGAUUUACCACCUGCACACUGCCUACAAUAGUAGUCCGACGUAUUAUAAGUAGUUCGAUUGAUUACGGAACAUGUCACAGUUAAAGUUGAUAAGCCGCGUUAGUCGCGUUUUAUCCGGUGCGGUGAAACGUUCAGAGUUAUUCGAAAUUAACAAAGUAAACACGAACAACGCAAGAACGAUGGCAUCCAAAGGCUUGACUGUGGAAAACAUGAAUCCCAACAUUGUCAAGUUGGAAUACGCUGUGCGCGGGCCCCUUGUCAUUCGCGCUGGCGAGAUUGAAAAAGAACUUGAGAAGGGCGCACAGAAACCUUUCAAGCGAGUGAUCAAGGCGAAUAUCGGAGAUGCCCAUGCCAUGGGACAGAAGCCUAUCACUUUCAUCAGACAGGUAAUGGCGUGCCUGGCCCUCCCCGACCUCAUCGAGAAGGGAAUCUUUCCAGAGGAUGUGAAACAGAGAGCCCGAGAGAUUUUGGAUGCUUGUGGGGGCGGCUCCGUGGGCUCGUACACGGCGUCGCACGGCAUCGAACUGGUGCGGCGCCGCGUGGCCGACUACAUUCAGCGCCGGGACGGACACCCCGCGCACUGGGAGGACAUCUUCCUCUCCUCCGGGGCCUCCACCGCCAUCAAGAACUGCCUGCAGCUGUUCUGCAACGAUCUGGGAGGAAAAACUUCAGGAGUCAUGAUCCCCAUCCCGCAGUACCCGCUGUACUCGGCCUCGCUGGCGGAGUACGGCCUGGCGCAGGUCGGCUACUACCUCGACGAGGAGCACCACUGGGGGCUGGACCUCCGCGAGCUGGAGAGGUCCCUCGCCGAGGCCAGCGCCACUUGCAACGUCAGGGCCCUGGUCGUCAUCAACCCCGGGAACCCGACAGGACAGGUGCUGACCCGAGACAACAUCGAGUCGAUCAUAAAGUUCGCGAAGAAGCACGGUCUGUUCUUGUUCGCGGACGAGGUGUACCAGGACAACGUGUACGCCGCCGGGAGCAAGUUCCACUCGUUUAAGAAGGUGCUGGUGGAGCUUGGCGACGACUACAAGGACGUGGAGCUGGCGUCGUUCAUGUCGGUCAGCAAGGGGUACAUGGGCGAGUGCGGCGCGCGCGGCGGCUGGGCGGAGCUACGCGGCGUGAACGCGGCCGUGCGGGCGCAGCUCUACAAGUGCAUCAGCGCCAUGCUGUGCCCCAACGUGCUGGGACAGGCCGCCAUCGACUGCGUGGCGCGGCCCCCGCAGCCCGGCGAGCCCUCCUACGAGCUGUACAUCAAGGAGAAGACGGACGUGCUGGACUCGCUGAAGAAACGCGCCGAGAUGAUAGUGGACGCCUUCAACCAGAUGCAGGGCUUCAAGUGUAACGUCGUGCAGGGCGCAAUGUAUGCCUUCCCGCGCUUCGAGCUGCCCCCCCGCGCCGUGGCCGCCGCCGCCGCCGCCGGCAUCCCCCCCGACACCUUCUACGCCUUCAGGCUGCUCGAGGAAACCGGUAUCUGCAUAGUGCCGGGCAGCGGGUUCGGGCAGCGGCCGGGUACCUACCACUUCAGGACCACCAUCCUGCCGCAGCCGGAACUGCUGCGAGAGAUGCUGGACAUCUUCAAGAAGUUCCACCAGAAGUUCACAGCCGAGUACUCGGGCUAGUCUGUCGACGCCCCCCGCCCCUCUGCCGCCGUCGCUUUAUCCGCUUACGGCACCUACCUGGGAACACAAGCUUCAAAAUCUAAACUGUUGUAACUAUACUGAGACCUUAGAACUUGUAUCUCAAGGUGGAUGGCGCAUUUACGUUGUAGAUAUAUAUGGGCUCCAGUAACCACUUAACACCAGGUGGACUGUGAGCUCAUCCUAUCAGCAAAGCAAUAAAAAAGAUUGCAGGGCGGCUGUCGUGCAAUAGUAGAUAUUAACUAAACCCCAAAUCGUACUAAUCACAUUUACAAAGUUAGCCUGUGGGGCCGCGCGCCCGCCCCCUCGGGGACCGACCCCCCUGGGGACCGCCCGGGAGCUCCCGCCCCCCGGGUCCGCCCCCGCGCCCGCCCCCUCGGGGCCGUGUGGUGCCACACAGAGCCGCUUGCUUCAAACAUAACGCCGCGUGUCGCUUUAUAAUAUUUAUUAACUUACUAAUGAGACAAUAUUCGUAAUUAUGAUUUUAAAAACUCUCGUGGAGAAUUGUACAUUUCUGUUGGUGCGGGCGCCACCGCACUUUCAACACUAUAGAAGAGAAAACAACGAACACAUUUUGUUUACGUCGCGAUAUUCAAAUAAUAAUUAUACUACACAUUGUUUCAGUUGUGUUAUCCGUAAUGUAUUGAAUUGUAUACAUAUUUAAAUAGUAUUUGAAUAUUAAAAAACGACGGUAAAAGUGAAACUUUUUUCACAUUAUAGACAUUUAACUAUGACAAACAACACGUACAUUAAACACUGACAAAACAAACAAAAUAGCGUGGAGCACUGACACAAAUGAGUAAUAGUCUAUACACUACUCGGUCAGCUGCUGCGAACUAUAGGCGCCGCCAUAUUGGCCUUGGCUGCUCUGACGAGCGCCUUUCGCUUUAUCCCUACUCCACGGCCGACCGUCACGCGACAUGCAACACACAGACGAAAAUUUUUGAGACGAUGUAAUAAAAAAGUUUCACUUUAAAAAAGAAUUAAUCAUAGCAAAUAUGACAUAUUGUAACAUUGAAAGACAAUUUUCAUCGUAUCCCCCAGUGUAAUCAAUUCGUAGAGAUAGUAAUUUAUUAUUUAAUAGGCUUUUUUAGCGUUUCUGAAUUGUCUUGAGUUCGGGAUGCGACUGAGUCGCUCGCAUCAAAUUGUAUUGUUCCGAGAUGAAUUAUAUAAUAUAUUUUUUAAUUAAUUUAUAGCUUAUUUAUUGUUUUGAUCUGGCUUCGUUGAAUUAAAGUAACUUGUUACGUGAAUCAGUGAAACACUGCUUUAUUAAAAUAAUAUUUGUAUUAAGUAUGAUAUUAAUCUGGUAACAUUCCUGUUAGGAAAGAUGUUUUAAAACAAAAUUAAAUUUGUUUAGGUGAGCACGUUGUUAAUAAAAUGAAACAAAAUAUA